AUGCAAGAUUCACAAGAGGGAGACAAAGGAACUGGAGGAGUUGGUUCUUCAAAGGAUGUUGACAAAGAGAAAGGAGUUGUAGUUGGGAAAGUAAGUUCGACUCAAAUUCCGCCUUCACUCCCCAUGUAUUUGACCACAACUUCCACAACAACAACAACAAGAUCGUUGACAAAAGGAAUGUCAAUAAACGAAAGUGCUAGAGGUUCGAUUUCGAGUUCAAUUCCUAACCAACCAACCUCAAAUGAUGAUCCAAGUGAGAAAGGUAAAGAUAUCUGUGUUGUUCUAUCAUAA